AUAAAUUUAUAUCCAUCAAAACAAACGUGUCAUUAUUCAACUGGUUGACUAGUUUCAAUUUCGUUUUGAUUAAGAAAUAAGGAACAUUUCUAGAAUAGAACAAGAACAUAUCAUUCGUGUCCCAGCAUUGUCUAAAAUGGUUUCUAGGAAACUUAACAUUGUCAUAUUGUUGUUUGCUUUCAACUCAUUACUUUUGGUUAAUGGUGGUAAAAAAAGUAAGGAUGGCGAGAAACCAGCAUGGGCAAAGAAAGAUAUUAGAGAUUAUAGUGAAGCUGACCUAGAAAGACUGCUUGAUCAGUGGGAUGAAGAUGAAGAACCACUACCUAAUGAUGAGCUUCCUGAGCACCUACGCAAGCCUCCACCAAUAGACUUUUCAAAGAUUGAUACUUCUGAUCCAGAAAAUUUAUUAAAAGUAUCAAAAAAGGGCAAAACAAUUAUGACUUUUGUACAAGUUGCUGGAGAUGUCACACGCAAUGAAGCAGAUGACAUGACAAAGUUGUGGCAGAGUGCACUAUGGAAUAACCAUAUUCAAGCUGAGAGGUUUAUGGUGGAUGACAAUCGUGCCAUUUUUAUGUUUCGUGAUGGCUCACAAGCUUGGGAGGCUAAAAACUUUUUGGUUGAUCAAGAUAGAUGUUUCUCAGUAACAAUAGAAAAUAAAAUUUAUCCAGGGAAAGGAAACCCAGAAAAUACUUGCAGCCAGAUGUUAAAAGAUUUUAAGCACUUUUAACUGGAACUCACAAAGACUAAAGUACACAUAGAAUAACUAAGAAUGAACAAGAAUUUUUAUUUUGGAGGAACUCGCCAAACUCGAAAAUGCAAACACUGAAGUGUGCUAUGUUUAUUGAGCCUGUUAUCUCAAAGAUUCAUUAACAUCCUUGUAUCCGCAAAUUGGAGUGACAUGCGAUGUACGCAUGCAUCUAGAAUCACUGUCCGAAUUCUUCAACCAUAAAGGGGACAAAUAUCUACGUACCUCAACACUUCCUUAAUAAUUAAUGAAGGCAAGUAGUUUUUUUUUCCUAUUUUCGGGUAGCGUUUAACGAACUGUUUUUAUUUUCUCAAUCUCAUUCGUAAACGAAAUGCAAUUGUUUUCGGAACAACUUUCGUCUGGUGAAUGGAGAAAUUAAAAUUCUUCUUGGAUACUCGCGAGUCGCGACUUUUCUGCUGUCCUCUGUUCCACAGCUAGAAGCCUAGAAGUGUCAUUAAACGAGAUGUUUUCAAAACAACCCAAUAGAUGCAUUAGUUAUAACACUUUAUAAAUAGUAAUAUGUGAGUUGUUGUCGGCUUGUCGCUUUAUUUGACCAAAUGCGACUUUUUUUAAUUUAUUUUGCAGGCUCUACUUCAGCUAUACCCCUUUCGGUUGUUACUACGA